AUGAAGGUGAACAGGGACAAGGGAAGUGCAGAUGGGGGACUUUCAAAGGCAGAUGAACCAAUCAAGGACGGGUUGCAGGGCCUGACUGUUCCCACAGAGGACCGUCUCCCUUGGGCGGGCACGUCAGAGCAAGGUCAGGCUCGUCCGAAGAUGGACAGAGCAGCUCGGAUCGGAUCUAACAGCAUCGUAUCUGGGCAGGGCGUCAUGAACGGCGGCCGACCGCGGCCCCUGUGGGCCCGUAGGAGAGAAAGAAGAAGCACGCGCAUCCGGGGAUGGCAGGGAUGGCGGAGAGCCAUGGCCGAACCAGACCAUAGCCGCGCCUCUCUGUUCAUGGGCCCUUGGUACGCCAGAUUUGCACGUCCAAUUCUGGAAGUGACCCUGUAUCGGCCGUCGGAUGAGUUGAGCAGCGUCUACCACCGGUACGGGUAUACGCUGCGGGCUCGCCCUCUGGCGUCGUCUCGUCUCGUCUCGUCUCGUCUUGUCCUUCCGGCCUUGACGUGGUCAGCACGAGCCAGUGAUUGGGUGCUCCUCGUGUCACUCCACGAGAGCAACACGACCACUUGGUCGGGCUUUGGCGGCGGCGGGCCACCGACCGGCGCAGCGGGUGACAAGAACAGGGGUCCUGAGAGGUUCAAAGCGCCUCAGCUGGCCAAGGAAGACCCCUGA